AUGGGACGAGUUUUUAAGAGAAAAGCGGCGGAGAGUGAGGAACAAAAGAGUAGCACGAAGAGGAAUCGAGAGGAACGCGAGGAAGAGGAUGAGGAAUUGAAUGAGGUUGUUGAUGAGGAGCAGGAAUCGGAUGAGUCGGAGGAUGAUUCUGAUGAGGAGGACGAGGAAAGUAUUGAGGAAGACGAGGAAGAGGGCGAGGAAAAUGGAGAUGGAGAUGAUGAGAAAUUUUUGGAUUUCGACUUUGAGGGAUUUCCGAUGGAGGAGAAUGAUCGCGACGGAAUUGUUAACAUGCUCACUCAGACAUUUUUGCGAACUGACAUCGAUUUGAAAGGAAUGGCCGAUGCGCUCAUCGAACAGGCGCCGUUUGGUUUGGUUGUUGGGCCGGCUGAUGAUGAAGCUGACGAGGACGACAAAAACGCGGUGCACGCGAUUUGCACAGCGAUUCAAAUUUGUCCGAAAAAGGCGAAAAGUGCGAAAUUCGAGAAGGAUAUUGAAGCAUUUUUGACGUCGAGAGCAAAAAAAUCGGCUCCAAAAGAGUUUUUGAGAAAAUUGGACGAAUUUCUUCAAGACGAUUCGACGAUGAUUUUUGUCAACGAGCGAAUGCUCAAUUUUCCCACCAUAAUUGUGCCGAAGAAUUUUGCGAGCUUGAGAAAUGACAUUGUUGGGCUCGCGGAGCCGCCGAAAAAUGUGAUUUAUAUUCAGAAGAUUCGAAUCGGCGAGGCGAAGGAGGGAGAUCAGCAGAAGGAGCAGAAGGCGAGGAGAAAAAUGGGAAAAGCGGAAAAGAAGCGACUUGCUGCUUCGCAAUUGGCCCAGGCUGACAUCGAAUUCGACAACGCCGAGGACAAAUUCCUUUUUGAGUUGGAGGAUGGCGAUGAGAUGCAUUUUGAUUAUCCGGUGCAUAUGGACGUCGAACCCGGCAGCAAAUUCCAUGUCAUCGAGAAAAAAGGCCGAAAAUGGAAUCCGUUUCGCCGUCUUGUCCUCAUGGACUACAAGCGAUUCGACGCAUUUUUGCAGCGCGGAAUGCAUCUUUAA